UCUUUUCUUUCCCCCCCCCCCCCAACACGUGUCUGUUCUGCUAGCUAGUUAGCAGUCGACGCAUGACAAUUUUGUUCCACGUUUAUUUUGUUUAAAAUAUUACAAUCAAAAUGCAGAUCUGCAAUGUGUGCAGUGGAGAGACACCCAAAUACCGAUGUCCGGCCUGUAGAAUCAGAUACUGCUCUCUCAGUUGUUACAAGACCCACAAGGCCAAUGAUACCUGCCAGCCCCUAAAACAGUCAGUCCCUCCUCCCGUUCAAGACCUAAAUGGAGCAUACAGCAAUGUUUCAGCAGAGGAUCCCUGGACCGUUGAAGAUCUCCUUGAUGAUGACCAGACAGAUAAAGUACCACUUCAGAGGCUACGGCGAUUAGGCAAGUCGGAGGAGCUGAGAGAGCUGCUCCGAAACCCACAUCUCCGUCAGCUGAUGAGCUCUUUGGACGCGGCCGACAGCAAAGCAGACGCCAUUAAGACCGCAAUGCAAGAGCCUCUGUUUGUUGAGCUUUCCGAUCAAUGCUUGCAGAUCGUUGAGAAAAACGAUUAAAAAAAAAUGUACUUGCAGACAGAGCCGAGCCGAAUACACACCGAGUCCAUAAUUCAUGUUCACUUUUCAAUUUGACAAAAACAAUUAAAUCCUGUGUUUCUUUCUGUGUAAAUAUACAACUGUAUACUUAUUUGUUAAAUAUUUAUUUUAACUCGUCUUUGCAAUACUGUGGUUACAACUAGCUCAGUCAGAUCUUUAUAUAGCUGUACCAAGAACCCUUUGAAACACCUAGCUAGCUAUGUUUGAUAACACAUUUGAUCUGGGUAUGGCUUUGAAUACCCUUAAUAAACAAACAAGAUUGUUUAGUCAGUUCAAAAUACAAACAAUUCAAGGAAGGAUUAUACAAGCAGUGGGUUAC